ACUUCGAAAGCCUCGAUUUUUUUCACUCGUUAUAGUUUGUUAUCUGUUAGCUGUUAGCAGUAGCAGCAAAAUAAUUGUGGAAAUGGCGAGUUUGCCGUCUCCGUCGUCUCCGGUGUCGCCAUCCCCCUCUGCUUCCAGCUCUGACAACUCCGCCACUCAACCCAUCUCUCACUCUCCUCCAAAUCCACAGGUUGAAGCAGGAGUCAACAAUGGAGCUCUCGAUGCCGAGGAGAAGAAGCCUGGUAUUAUUUCUGCAUAUUUCGAUGACCUCCAUAGUGCGAGCCACAGAGAGAAGUUCAAGAAAUAUGAUGCUGACUAUAGCCGUUGGUUGACUGCAAAAUACUUCUCAAAAACAAACCUAUAUGGAGGCGACAUCUUUGAUGAGAGUGUGACAAUACAUGAUCAGGUUAUAAAGUCAAGCAGAUGGCCUUGCACCCUCUCAUAUGCAGACCCGGUCCAGUUUCUUGAAGAACAGAACAGCUUUUCAACUUUUACUACUACAGCAGAAACCUCGCCUGGCAUCUCAAACGGGAAGCACCUAGUAAAGAAGAGCGGUUGAUGAUAGGUUUUUUUUUCGAUUUUCAGGGCCUAUUUGUAUCAUAUUGUAUCAUAAACAAAUGUUCUGAUGCACGCUAACAAGUGACUCGAGUACAUGGACCCAAAAAUUUUGAAAAUCUCUAAUCGAGUUGUUAAGAAGUUUCUUGUA